UUUUACUGCCAAACACUCGUUCAGAUGGACUACUAAUGUCAUUAAUGUGCAUGCAUGCAAAAUUUUUAUACAAAUGUACAUAUGUUAAUUAUAAACAAGUACCCAAUAGUCGUAGCACACGUAUUUCGAAAAUUCACGAACGGAUAUAACGAUCGUUUAUUUGCAGUAAAAUUUUUGAGUUCCUCCAAACAAUAAAGUAGUAAAGUAUAAAGUGAUUCAUUCGUCUUUGUACAGUAUAAUAUAUGUAUAUGAACAUUAUGUUUUUAUAAUAUUAAAAUAGUUUACACGCUGUGAAAUUGAGUCUCAUAAAAAUAAAAUCUGUACACAACAAUUUAGCCCAGAAACCUUUGAUGACAAAAAGUUUUCAUUCAAAUUUCAAUUUAUCAAAAUUUCUAAAAAAUAAUGUCAUAUUCCCCUUUCCAAACAACAGAAACUGGCAAUUGGACGGAUUUACCUCUGCAUUGUGUGCUUUAUGAAUGGUUAACAAAAAAUAUGAAUUUGCCUAAUGACUACGGCACGAUCAUUGCCUACAUUGGAUUAUUCCUCAUAACAUGGUAUACAAUAAUAUGGGCAGUUCGCUUAGUAAUGGCGGUUAUUUGGCCAUUAUUUAUUAUAGCUUCUGCAAUUGUUGUAUUUCGAAUAUUGCAGUUCUAUGACCCGGAAGAAAUUACUACAAUCAUGAUGAAAUCGUUCAGUAUUAUUGCAGAUACAUUGGUAAUGAUUUUAGCCAAACUUCUUGAAUUUGCCUUCGAUAUUUUCGAUUAAACGGAAUCACACUUCAAAGCGUUAGACAUAAAAUGAAGCGAAAAAUCCCACAAUAUAGAAAGAUCAAAGUUGCUGUGAAAGAAAAUUAUUAAAAAUAAUGAAUAAUAAAAAAGUCAGAGAAACUAUAAAAAUUGUAAAUCAAACGAAAAAAUUGGAAAUUUUGAACAAACAUAAUUUUUGGUU